CGGCGCAAGUCAGUGGGGGCGUCGUGUCGCUUCGUCUCGCUUCGCGUAGCGUCGCGUGUGCGCGUCACAGCCAGGGCUCUGCCGGCGCGGUUGAAUGCGGCGGAAUCUAAUACUGGCCCAAAGACAAUAUCUCUAUCAGUUGACUAGCAGUCAGUCAGAGAGGCUGAAUCUGUCGUCGCAGUUCCCUACAACAUUAACCAGCAUCUGAUACAGAGGAGGAAGUUUCCUGUAACGCUGAGACACAAGGAGGAGCUGAGAAGAGCUCAGCACGUAGUGGGGAACUAGAAGUAAGGAGUUAGCAUCACAAUCAGAGCACAAAAGUGGAAGACUCCAAAAUGAAUUCUGUUUUCGCGAGACGAAAGUCGAGUGAAAAGUUUUUGAAGAGGAACGGCUUCAACGCAAAGCUACUUGGUUUAUGCGACAGAAAUAAGAACGACCUAUCGCAGGACACCGUGCCUUUAGAGAAUCAAGUUGCAGGACAUUGUGCAUCUGAUGGAAAAUCAUCGUUAGGAAUGUUGAAGCACAAAGAUGGUUAUGUCCUCAAGCCUAUAGAGAAACCGGUUCAGGGUGAACGGGAAAUUAAGUUUUACGAAGAGUUACAAGAAGCUACGGAUCCAGUUUCUACAGCUCUUCGAUCUUUUGUGCCACAGUAUUUAGGUACAACUGAAAUGAAGAUCAGUGAGAAAGAUAUUAAGUUCCUCAUUUUAAAAGAUGUGACUGAUGGUUUCGCAGAGCCUUGUGUUAUGGAUGUUAAAAUAGGGAAACAAACUUGGGAUCCUGAAGCAACAGAAGAGAAAAUAAAAAAUGAACAGAAAAAGUAUAUGGAGUGUAAAAGGGACUUGGGAUUUUGUAUCCCAGGUUUCCAGGUGUACAAGAUUUCAAAUGGAAAGCUAAUGAAAUAUGGAAAAGAUUAUGGGAAACGCUUGAACAAAAGUUCAGUUAUUGAUGCAUUCCGUAUGUUCCUGAAUGCUGACUCGGGGUUGAGUAGACACUUAGUGUUGCAAUUUGUGGCAAGACUGUGGCGUAUCCUAUGCUGGUGCAGGUCUCAGCGACUCUACCGGUUCUAUUCAAGUUCUCUGUUGCUGAUUUAUGAUGCUAGACGUUUACGCCAGACAUUGGGCACGGGGCUGGCACGCCCUCUCAGCCCAACACUGUCAGCCAGCUGUAGUGCCAAUGGCCGUUUCAACAGUCCGCCUGCAUCUCCACUGUUUGAAGCUCCACUGACGCCAGAUCGUCUUGGACAGUCUGUAUUUUUCCCAGAUAGGUCGACGCGCCUGUCCUCGUGCUCCAGCAGUGCCAGUACGUCUGCGUCUGGCACACCUACUUCAUCUCUUUCCAGGCAGAAUAGUUUCCUCAGUGAUGACAGCUGGCAUCCAAGUUUUGAAGAAAUAUGUAGGACACAUUCACUUAUAAAUAAUUAUGAGAAAGAUCUACAGUCAAUGAAAGAAAAUUACACAUUCCAAUUGGAGGAUUUGCUGAGUGCUGAGAGGCGAGGUACACGAGAACCGUGGGUGAAAAUUAAAAUGAUUGACUUUGCACACGCUUUCCCAGGGGUUGGGAGUGAUCCAGAUGUGAACUACUUGGAAGGGAUUGAAAACCUUGUUAAAGUUUUUGAAAGCUUACUUGAGGAAGUAGUCUGCUAACAUCGAAUGACUGGAUUAUGAAAUAUGGUAGAGAUUGAAGCCAUUGAAACCUAUUGAACUGUUUCUUUAAUACGAAUAAUUUUUAUCACAUUUGGAGUACACUUUAUAAAUAAAUUUUUAAUAUUAAAUAUUUUUCUGUAAAUGACAUUUUAUAGUUCAAUAUGCUCUUUUAUAUCCUGUUACAUUAUUUUAUAUAUGAGAUAUAUAUAUUUAAUAA